UUGAAAAGCAGCGGGCACCUUCACGUCCUCCUCCACGGUGACCUGCAGUCAUGCUGCUCAACGCCCUGCUCCUGGUGCUGGGCUCUCAGGGUGUCUGGACCAGGAAGUCCGAGCCGGCCCUGGAUGAGGCGGACUCGGGGUUCUUCAGGGGGUCGGACCAGUAUGACUUUGCGGUGGAGGUUCCUGCUGCGGGGAUGGAGUGUUUCUGGCACUUUGCUCACCAGAGUGGAAGCUUCUACCUGACGUACAUGGUCCAGUGGGUAACGGGGAUGGCCUCUGAUCCCCGGCUGUUUGUGACGGUCAGCUCGCCCCAGGGUGCUCUCGUGGCUUCAAAGAACGAGGCCGUCGGGCAGAUGACCUUCCAGACGGAGGUGACGGGUUUCUACCGGUUGUGUCUUGGGAACCACAACAACCAGUUCGGAGGCGUCAGGGUCUUUGUGAACUUUGGCGUGAUCUACGAAGGCUUCGAGGACUCGAAGAGAGAGGAGGAGGAGGGGGAGAUGGUCCUCAACAGCACCGUGGCCGGUAUUGAGGAGAGCGUGCAGAAGCUCCAGAAUCAGAUCUUCCACAUGUGGCGUCAUUACAACUUCGCCCGCAUGAGGAAAGGGAAGGACCACCACCUGCUCCUGUCCAACUCCAACUACGUCACCUGGUGGUCGGCGACCCAGAGCCUCGUCAUCCUGCUGUCCGGGUACCUGCAGCUCCGCGUCCUCAAAAGACUCUUCAGGACGGACUCCAGCCGACCGCGGUGCUGAGGGCAGAACAGUCAGACAUCUUUCUCAUCUACUUCUAAUGUCUCACGUCAGGAUUUUAUUGAUGCAUGUUUUGGAAAAGAUUAAAGAUGCUGCACACUAUCUGAAGCUGGAGAAUCACUUCUUUGAGAAAGAGAGAUUUGAGUCCUAAACGUUGUUCCUUGUUCUUUCUUCUGUUUACAAAGCCACCCUGACAUUUUACAAGUUAUUGGUCAAAAGUCUGGGGUCA